CGCCAUAUUGUUUGCGGUAGUCGCGCACGUAAUUCGUCGGUUUAUACGUGGUCGUGUGAGUUUUCUUUUAUUCGGUGAGCCCCAUUGGGAAAAUCUGCAAACAUUUCGCGAAAAAGCAAUAUGAAGAAAACUAAGGACGUGUCGGACGAGGAUGAAUAUUCCGCGGAUGAUCCAGAAGAGGUAGAAGGAGCUUCUGAGGAAGAGUGGACUCCUGAGGCCGGAGCCGAAAGCGGCGCUAAGAAAAGACCUCAAAGAGAAUCUGCUAAAAAACGACAACAUUCGGAAGAAGAAGAGGAGGAGGAAGAAGAGGAGGAUGAAGAGGAAGAUGACGAAGAAGAUGAAGAAUCUGAUUCUGAUUCAGGGAAAAAACCCAAAAGAAAAAGGCGAUCAAAGAAAGAAGAAGAUGAAAAAGAAGAUGAAGAUGAAGAAGAUUCUGAUGAUAACAGCUUUAACGAAUCAUCGGGAGAAACUCCAAAAGAUUUUACUUCUGGCGCGUUCGUUGUUGCAAAAGGAGACAUUGGAGGUAAUACAGAACCAACAUUGUGGAGGAUAGAUGGGAAAGCGUUGCUUCAAAAGUUUUUACCCUUUAAGGAAGAUGGAAAAACAUUGUACAAAAGCACAUCUACAUACUCUGGUUGGUCGGUGAAUAACAAAGAUAAAUACUUGGCUGCACAAGUAACUUUCAAAGUGCAAAGUAGAACAGAAACAAUUGUUGAACUUCAUCUUGAUCAACAACAACAAUCAGAAGUUGUAAAGGACGAAAAAGAAGACUAAAUAUAGAUCAUGUUUGAUCAUAUUUGUUUAUAUACAUUUUAAGGUAUGCUAAGGAAGAAUACAUUUACAUUCACAGGUACACAUCAACACUACACAAACAUGUUAUGCCAACACAUGAAUACAAUUUACAAGAUGAUAUUCUAGCAGAUUCGUGUUUAAAAGUAACAUUGAGUGGACCAUGAAUCUCAGUUCAUUAAUAACGGGGGUAGCUUUGCAAAUAAUUGGUGGUUUUGUCAAAUACUUGAUAACAGUUGAAUUAAUCCUUUCGCUACGGUAGCAUUCGUUGCUUAUCUAUCCACUCGCGGAACAAUAACGCUACAAUAUGGUUUUUAUGACUUUCUAAUAUCUUUGUAUUGUCUGUUUCUACUUGUAUUAAAUUUGACGCAAAUAGUAAUGAUAAUGAUACGUAGUAUGUAUGCUGCCAUACAGUUGACUUUGAAUGACUUUAUAUCAAAUUUAUUCCUAUUCAAAGUUUAAUUUUCUCCUUCUUCGAUAUGUUGUAUAUAAACAUUACAUUAUACGUAUUUGUUCACUUUAUUGAAAAAAAAAUAUCAAUCAUGAUGUUAAAGUUUGUACCCGUAGUCCGACUUGCGGAUACCGGCAUUAAAAGCAAAAGGAUUAAUAGUAAAGCUACCUAUAAAUCUGCAUGAUUAUCCAAUUUCUUAAGCAACAUCCACUCACAUUUUGUAUUUCAUAUUUUAUAAACUCGGCAAAAGUUUAAAUCUUUUAUUUUAAAUAAUUUGCUAUUCUUGCAAUGCAACAUAAGAUUCAUUUUAUUAUUUGAUAUUUUCUGAUAAAGAAACUCUUUCGAUAACUAAAAUUUCGUGUUACUUUCCAUCAUCAAGACAGAAUGUUAGGUGUAGAAAACAAAUCACAGUGUCAGUUACCGUUGUGGUUUUGUGUUCCUAUUGUCGUGUAAAUUCGUUUAAAAAAUCAUAUUGUUUUUAAUUUUGUAUUUAAAUUUUCCAAAUGUUUCGUAGCUAUAAACAUUAUGUAUACUCGAUUUGUGUUGAUAACAAUAUGAGUAAGAAAUUAAUUGUGCUGUCAUAAUUCAUGUUCAGUGGUAUGUUAUUUCGAUCUAGCUUUAUGGAUAAAAAUAUGGUUCACGUACAUGAAAAAAAGAAAAAAAGAGUAAAAACUAA